ACAGUGCAUGGAUACGUCUACCUCACCAAAGUCUGCCUCUCGCGGCGGCCGUGCCUGUUAGCACGUUGACACUGUUGGUGUAGAGACGAUCUGGAACGCGGCCUCUUCUCGGUGCACGAAGCAGCAGCGGUAGCAGUGGCCAGAGCAGCUGUCAUGUGAAUCAGCUGGACGAACAAGGAAGGGGAUAAACAACAGCACAAAUCCGUCUUUCCACGUCAAGGUUAAUCUGGUGAGGUGGCAGGAUGGCGGGAGCAGAGGUGUUCACCCCUGCAAACCCCACCUGCAAGAUUAUGACCUUCAGGCCCACCAUGGAAGAGUUCAAGGACUUCAACCAGUACCUGGUUUAUAUGGAGUCUCAGGGUGCACACCGCGCAGGCCUGGCUAAGGUGAUUCCUCCUAAAGGCUGGAAGCCCCGUCGUACCUAUGACGACAUAGAUGAUCUGAUGAUUGAUGCUCCCAUCCAGCAGAUGGUGGCAGGCCAAUCAGGGCUCUUCACGCAAUACAACAUCCAGAAGAAGCCUCUUAGUGUGCAGGAGUUCAGAAGAUUAGCUAACAGUGACAUGUAUUGUACACCUCGCUACCUGAAUUAUGAAGAUCUUGAGAGGAAGUACUGGAAAAACCUCACCUUCGUCUCACCCAUUUAUGGUGCUGAUGUCAGUGGCAGCCUUUAUGAUGAGGAUGUGGAAGAGUGGAACAUUGGCCACCUGAACUCUAUCCUGGAUGUUAUCGAGGAGGACUGUGGUGUAUCCAUCCAGGGGGUUAACACUCCAUAUCUGUACUUUGGCAUGUGGAAGACCACCUUCUCCUGGCACACUGAAGAUAUGGACCUGUACAGCAUCAACUACCUCCACUUUGGAGAGCCAAAAUCCUGGUACGCCAUCCCCCCUGAGCAUGGGAAGAGACUGGAGCGUCUGGCUACAGGUUUCUUUCCCAACAGCUUCAAGGGGUGUGAGGCUUUUCUUCGACACAAGAUGACUCUAAUCUCCCCUUCCAUACUGAAGAAGUAUGGCAUUCCCUUUGAUAAGAUUACUCAGGAAGCUGGAGAGUUCAUGAUCACCUUCCCUUAUGGCUACCAUGCUGGCUUCAAUCAUGGCUUCAACUGUGCAGAGUCCACCAACUUUGCCACUUUGCGCUGGAUAGACUAUGGCAAAGUGGCCACACAGUGCACAUGCAGCAAGGACAUGGUAAAGAUAUCCAUGGAACCCUUUGUUAAACGUUUUCAACCUGACCGGUACCCUAACUGGAUGCUUGGCAAAGACUCUACACCUAUUGACCACACACAUGCCACUCCCAGUACUACACCGGAGCUGCAGAGCUGGUUGCAGAGGCGGCGCAAGACCAAACCUACUAGUAAAGGCAGCAGCCACUCUCGUAUGCACUCCAAGCGCCUCAGAACCACAGAGGAGCCUGUAGGCCUGGAUGGCAGCUCAGCGUUGAGCAGCAGAAAGAGGAAAGGUCUGGGUGGUCCACCUGGACCCAAGGCACGAAGGUCUGUGGGGGGAACAACCUGCAGGGAAGAGGAGAAAGAGAAGAAAAAAGAAGCUGACUUAAAGCACAAUCAGAAUCAGAACUCUGUUCAGCUUUCUGGUGCUUGCAGACAGAUGUGUGUGGUGAAGGUAAAUCGUGUAGAGAGUAACAGCUUGGGAUUUUCUAAUAAGGAGCCAUCCCAUAACCGGAGCCCCGCUCACUCCCCUGCUUCACCGGUGAAAAACGACGUAAAGGCAGAGACAGACACUCAUAUUGACCCUCAACUCUUCUUGGGGCCAGGGGUCAUGAGCAGGACUGCUGAAGGACUCAGACAAUGGCCCGAGGCUACCCAGAUACAUCCUGGAAAUAAUGAGUCAAGGUGUUGCUCUUCUGAACUACAAGACCUCUCAACUUCUCAGGACUGCUCUGUCAGGGUCCUCCCCCAGGACAACAAACUCCAUUCAACUUCCAACACAACAAGCACUUCUGUUGAGACUGAAAUGAUCCCAGGUUCCCCUGACUUAAAAGCUCAGACACCUCUUUCCUCAUGUAGAGAAAACACUUUAAGCCUAACACCAAACACUGACAGCAGUGUAGACACAGGUAGUGACAAUAACACUAACAACACAGCUAAAGCAGAGAAAAUGGACUCAGCUGUUCAUCCAAAACAUAUCAAUCUACACUCCACUGAAGAAGCACUUUAUGAUCUCAAAACUGAGCCAGCAGAGGGGGAUAGUUACUCGUCUUCAGGGCACAACUGCAGUUUAGAAAAAAGCAGCACUGAGGAAAAUCUUUUCCCUCCUCUGCUACAGAGGAAUGCAGUGGAUAUGCCACAACUCACUCCAGAGCCAGCAGAUAAGGAUGGAAUCUGCCCUUUGCCGCCUGUACUGACCCAAGAGAUGCCCUCCCUCACCCCGGCUCAUGACGGGAUGACUGAUGUCCCAAGAUCUACAUUGUGCAGUCACCAGGUUGCACCUGUCCUUCAACGGGAGACACCAACUGGUUCUCCUUCCUCACACGUAGCCAAACAGAAAGAGGAAGAAAGUGACUUCAUGAUGUCAAAAGAACUUCCUACUGUAGAACAUGCCAACAACUGGCAUUUAGAUUUGCCAUAUAAUUGUGAAGGGGCAGCAGUGUCUGGGUUAGAAGGAAACACAGCUCAUUUAACUGCCAAUGCUAUGCACAAAAUAACAUCUGUUGGUGUCCAAGAAAUGCUAAUAAUGCCAGAAAUUGCUGCGGAAAAUGACCGCACAAAGCCGGAAAAUGUUACUGCUGGACAGAGUGAUGCUUCCCCUUGCCAACUAGUUCAGAGCAGUGCACCACAAACAGAGCAGAAAUACAGCUUAGCGGAGUUAUCAAGCAAAGAUAACUCCGAGGACCCAGCUCAAAGAGACAGUGGGUUGAGUCUGUUGAGCAAUGCUGGCUCUCUUAUAACUGGUACCUCAGACAAUAAUCCCCCAGCCCCUUCCCCUCCAUUGUGCACUCAAAGUGACCGUCACUCAGCAUUACAACUUCACCACCACACUACAUAUCCCUCUUCUCAUUGUACUCCCCAGAACCCCUACAUGGAACUCAAACCUUUCUCCAGCAGCAUCUGGAAAAACUUAAAUUCCCAGAGUCCUGCUGUACUCAUUCAGAGUCUAAACCCAGAACUCCCAUCUGACUUCACUCACGACCCUCUACCUUACGCCAUGUGGACUGAACCUCAGUGCAAGGAGGUCACAGACCUGGAGAACCCAGAACAAGACCUCCGUGAAUCAGAGAACCAGGAAGAGGAAGGUGCGCCUCUCACCUGGGCUCAGCUCGAGCCCACCUCUCUGGUUUCAGUCGGUGCUGUUGAACCCAUGGGGCUUUGUGGAGAUUAUGAGCUCCAGAGGCGGGAGGCAGAUGGGUCUGAAGCCCUUUCUGUGUGCAGGGAGCUGGGGAGGCAGAGGGAGGCAGAGGAGAGUCUACACUCAGACACUGUUGUUUCACCUUUGGCAACAAGAGGAGGAGAACAGGAUGGGGUGUCUGAUAUGGAAGAAGGGGCAUCUGAUGGUGAAGGGGUGGAGCAGCAAAGUAGUGCCAAGGGAGAGAGCAGUAGUGACUCAUCUGAGGAGGAAGAGGAAGAGGAGGAAAAUGAUAACAGUACCUACAAGUGUUAUGAAUCAGGCCUGGAACCUGGGGAGGUUUGUGCUUACCCUGCACUGUCAGUGAAGAGGACCGCUAAGAGCUGGCGUCACCCACUCAGGAAACCUACCGCACGGGCUGUGCCCACUGCAGUCAAACAGCAGGCUGCCAGUGAUGAUGAGCCCCCUGAAGCAAACCUGGCAGAGGAGGAGGAGGAGCAGGAAAUGGAAGCGUGGGCAAAGCCCCUCGUCUACCUGUGGCAGAACAGGAAGAGCUGCUUCACAGCAGAGAGGGAGUACAAUGUUCAAGCAGCCACCAUGCAACCAUACUGUGCUGUGUGCACACUCUUCAUGCCCUAUUAUCAGGCUGAAGACAAAGCAGAGGACAACACAGCCAUCACAGCUAAGGACACCUCCAAAUCUUUCUCACCAGUGGAGGGCCCCACACGUCCCUGUCAAGGUCUAAGAAGGACCAAGCCCCUAAUCCCAGAGAUCUGCUUUUCUUUCCGGGAGCAGAACUGCCCCCCAACUCCCACUAACCCUUUGCUGCAGGAAGAUGGCACCUCCCCUCUGCUCUACUGCCAGGGCUGUUACCUGCAAGUCCACGCAAGUUGCUACGGUGUUGCUGCAAGUGACGUCAGUGAACAGUGGUCAUGUGAUCGCUGUAUGGACGGAAGCUUUACAGCAGAAUGCUGUCUCUGUAACCUCAGAGGUGGAGCGCUGAAGAAAACCCAAAACGACAAAUGGGCCCAUGUGAUGUGUGCAGUAGCACUGCCAGAGGUGAGGUUCAGCGAUGAAGCCAAGAGGAGUCCCAUUGAUACCAGUAGGAUCCCCAUGCAGCGAUAUAAACUGAGGUGCAUCUAUUGUCGUAAGCGCUGCGCAGGGAAGCGGCAGGCAGGAGCUUGUAUCCAGUGCUCAUGUGGCCGGUGUCCCACCUCCUUUCAUGUGACCUGUGCCCAUGCUGCUGGUGUAAUCAUGGAGCCUGACGAUUGGCCGUAUGUCGUGUCAAUCACCUGCCAUAGACACCAAUCACGGAGUUCAUCAGCUAAGCAGCGCGCGUGCCAAGCGUCCAUCUCACUGGGCCAGACGGUGAUCUCCAAACACAAGAAUCUGCGCUACUACAGCUCAAAGGUCACCCAGAUCACGUCCCAGAUGUUCUACGAGGUCAUGUUCGAUGACGGCUCCUUCUCCAACGAUACCUACCCCGAGGAUAUAGUGAGCAGAGAUUGUGUGAACUUGGGUCCUCCUGAAGUUGGGGAAGCUGUUCAGGUGAAAUGGCCCGAUGGACUGUUCUAUGGUGCCAAAUACCUUGGAUCCAAUGUCUCCUACAUGUACCAGGUGGAGUUUGAGGACGGGUCUCAGGUGCUGGCUAAAAGAGAAGAUGUCUAUACUUUAGAUGAAGACCUGCCUAAAAAGGUGAAACGUAGGCUUUCCACGGCCUCAAGCAUGCGUUUCCAAGACGCCUUCUUCACAACGCAGGGGGAGAGGAAACGGCAGAGAACACCCAAUUCACGCUUCCAGAAAGACUAUGUGGCCCUGCCAGGCCUCCGUACAACUGCCAAAAGCACAUGGGAGCAACGCAGCCACAAAGGGAAAUGAAGUCUUGGGAGAAGGAUCAAUAACAAAUGAAUGCACUGAAUUAGCAGUGGAUGUAGAGGGGAGGUUGUUUGUGCUGGGUGUGAGCGUAUGUGUGUGUGUGUGUGUGUAUGCUUGUGUGUAAGUAAUAUGGAUCUCCAUCUUAACCAGUGCUCGCUCGCCUUCCCUGUGAAUGGAUCAUGGAGGAGAUGACAUAAGGGAAGAGGUGAUUUGGGGUUAGAUGGACGUAAACGUGCGUGUGCUUGUACAAUAUCAAUCAGUGGUUGAUGACUGAGUGUUGUGACAGACUGAAAAAGAAUUCUGAUUGGACAGCUCGACUCCACAGAGCAGGUUAACAGAGGGCAUUGCUGCCUCAGUUGCCUCAUGCUUUCACAUCUGUCAGGGAAAAUAAACGUGACUUACGUUUGUCACAUCACACUUUUUUGAAAUAAAAAACAAAAACUUUUUUUCCUUUGUACAUGAAAAAUUCACAGGUGAGAUUUUUCUAAAUCGCUUGCCUAUGGUAGCUUUUUGGGCGCCUGUUAUUUCCAGUUUUGAUUUUUGAAUAUUUAUGCACUUUCGCUUGUAGUAUUUUCCUCAUGUCUUACUGUUUUCUCCCUGCAUGUUAAACAUUGUCUCCUAACUGCUUCUGCUGGGCCAAGUCCAAUUACACUACAGUGGCUUCCUCGCUGCAUUUUAAUCCAUACGGACAAAAUUAUAUGGAUUGUUCAAUUUGACACUGAAAAUGAAUACCCUGUGAGUAAAAAAACAAACAAACAAAAAAAC